AUGUACCCCGCCGCUGUCGCCCUAGCCGUCGCCGCGAUCGUCCCUUCCGCUGUCGCUGUAACCUACGACGUUCAGGUAGGACCUGGCGGCCAGUUCAUCUACGAUCCCCCCUACGUUCACGCAGAAUAUGGGGAUAUUAUCAAUUUCGUUUUUGUUCCCGUUGCACCCGAAGCCAUUGGCACUGAAACACGCCAGUUCCACGUUCCGGACAACCACGGAGAACCAAUUUGGUUCUAUUGUGGCCAAGGAAAUCACUGUGGCCAAGGCAUGGUGUUCGCAGUUAACCCGCCCGCAGCUCCGAGCGAACGUUCUUUUGAGGCAUUCCAGGCGCUAGCGAUCGAAAGGAAUGGGACUGGAACACCACCUACCGAGACUAGUGCGCCGGGUGGACAGGAGACGUGGACGCCACCUCCGCCUCAACCUUGGUAUCCUGCAACUGCCACCGUGACUUGGGGAGGAUCCUCCUACACGACUGUCUAUACCAGCUACGAAGGCUCACCUGACCCCACCCCUGCGCCUCAACCUGUCGAGCACACUAUCCAAGUCGGAGCUGAUAAUGGUUUAAUUUACCUCCCUGCCAGUAUCAGUGCUCGUGUUGGCGAUACUGUCACCUUCGAGUUCCGUUCCAAGAACCAUACUGUCACCCAGUCCAGCUUCUCGAGCCCUUGUGAAGCUCUCAUUCGCGAAGAUGGCACCACCGGUUUCCGAUCUGGAUUCCGCCCCGUCCCAUCUGGAACCACUGAUUUCCCCAGAUUCUCAGUCAGGAUCAACGAUACCGCUCCAAUUUGGGGCUACUGCGGACAAACCGGUCACUGCGCCCAAGGCAUGGUCUUUGCAAUUAACGCGGUCGAGACCGGCCCCAACAACUUUGAAGCUUUCCAGCAGCUUGCCAGGCUGUCAGCAAGUGAUUCUGCAGGUGCCUCUUCUGCACCACAGCCUUCUGGUGGCGCUGGAGGCGACGAUGAUGAUUCCGAAGGCAGUGGUGCAGGUGGCAUUGCUCCUGCUACCACAGUGUUCUCAGUUAUCGCUGCUAUUUGUGGAGUAGCCAUGGUUCUCUAA